AUGGUGUCUGCUGCAGACUUCUCUCAACAGGAUUUUGAUUAUAUUAUCAUUGGGGGCGGAACAACUGGCCUUGCGUUGGCCUCGAUCCUCUCAACUAAUGCUAGCGUUCGCGUAGGAGUUAUUGAGGCAGGUCUGAGGAAGGACGAUGAGAUGAUUCUUGUCCCCGGCAUGAUCGGCAAGGCAGUUGGAAAUCCCGAAUAUGACUGGAAUUUCGUCACAAAACCCCAACCAUUUGCUCAGAAUCGGGAGAUGCCAAUCCCUAGAGGCAAAAUUCUUGGUGGUUCAUCAGCAUUGAAUUAUAUGGCUUACUGUCGCGGUUCCGAGCUUGAGCAUAAUGACUGGGAGAAACUCGGCAUCAAAGGAUGGAAUUGGAAUACUAUCAGUGAUGCAAUUAAAUCCGCCGAAGCUUGGAGCCCUCCAACUCACCACGCCAAGGCGCACAACGCAGAUAAUGUUGCAAAAAAUCAUGGCAGGUACGGCUAUGUCAAGACAACUGCAUACAGUUACUAUUAUGAUCUCGUUCUGCCAUUUUUCGAGACCAUGAAUAAGUUGGGUGUGGUCACGAACCAAUCUGAAGCCUCCGGAGACAUUAUAGGUAUUUGGACAUACACAGCGUCCAUUGAUCCUCAAACAAAUACACGCUGUUACAGUACAAAUGCGUAUUAUGAUCGGGUUUCUAACCGAUCAAACAUCGUUGUACUCACUGGUGCUCAAGCCUCUAAAGUGAUUUUCAGACAAACCUCCAGCAGUGACUUGCAAGCUACAGCAGUUGAAUAUUAUAAAGGGGGGCGGACUUACAAAGUCCCUGUGCAUCGGGAAGUGAUCAUAUCGACUGGCACUCUGCAAACCCCCCAGCUUCUAGAACUUUCAGGGAUCGGGAAUCCAGACCUCUUGCGUAGACUGAAUAUUCCCGUAAAAAUCGACUUACCUGGCGUUGGCGAAAACUUUCAGGACCACCCUAGGGUAUCCAUGGGUGCCGAGCUGAAAGGCUCGCACGAGACCGCGGAUGACCUCAAUUCAGAAACCUUUGCUCAACAUAGCCUAGAACAAUAUCGUCUUUCCAGAACAGGGAUGCUCAGUAGCACACUGUCUACCCUGGUAUUCAUUCCAUCGUCAUCUUUCAUCCCACCAGACAAGAUGCGGGGUAUACUGUCAGCCCUGGACAAGGCCCUGAAAUUACCCCAAAUCCAAAACUCGCCCUGGAAAAAAUGGUACGACGUCCAACGUGCCUGGCUGGAGAAUGAUGGUAUUGCUCAGUUAGAGGUGGUUUUGUUCCCUUCUUAUACCCACGCUGCGUGCACAAACGAAAAAGCUAAACAUUACACGAUAUCGGUCUUCCUGCAACAUGCUUGGAGUCGAGGACAUGUGCAUGCGACUUCUUCGUCUGUGUUGGAUUCACCAGAGAUUGACCCGGCAACGCUCGAUUCUCUGGGGAACAUUGAUAUGAUGAUGCUUUUGGAGGCUAUAAAAUAUGCUUUCAAGGUCAUGGAGACAGGGGCUCUGGGUGACUUGACUGCGGAAAUCAUUGAACCUAAACCUUCUUGGUCAGAUGAACAAUUGAUGGAUUACAUCCGCUCAGAUAUUGUCAGCGGAUUCCAUCCUAUAGGGACGGCCUCGAUGCUCCCUCGGUCCGCCAAUGGCGUCGUUGAUAACGAACUGAAGGUGUAUGGGACAACCAACCUGAGAGUGGCGGACGCCAGCAUCUUCCCAAUCCACCUGGGAACUCAUCCUCAAGCCACACUUUAUGGGCUGGCUCACAAAGCCGCGGAAAUUAUUCAAACCAGCGAAAAGGCCAAACUUUGA